AUGAAAUCUCGAGUUAUUCAGUCUACAAAGAAAAAUAACAAUAACAAUAACAAAACCGAUAGAGUUUAUCAACGGUCUUCUUUUAUCAACAAAAUAAUGUCGAGACAUAAAAUGUCUUUUCAAGAGAACUCCGAUCCUCCAAAUACAUUAGAUCAUGGGAAAACUACAGUUAAUCGAUACGCAACAAAAAAAACUUUAGCUAUUAGUAAUUUAGAAGUUGCAUUACUUGCAACAAAUGCUGUACAAUUAAAAACUCUACUUGGUAAUAAAACAAAUAAAGAUACUAUGUGGUGGGUUGGAUUAGGACUUGUUUGUGGAUCAUUACUUCUUCAAGUUAUAAAUGCUUGUAUUUUGGUUCUGUUAGGUACAGAUGAUUUAGGAAAAGAACGGCGACAACAUCGUUUAGUAUCAUUAAAUAAUUUCUCUCUUAUAUUAUCUGUUUUUAUAAAUAUCAUUAAUGUUGUUCUUAAUGUUAUUGUUGCUGUUGAUCCACAAAUUCUUACACAAACAUCAAAUAGCAUAAAACGUUUUUAA